AUGACUGGGUCAACAGACUGGGAGGAUUUUUUUAGUGCUACACCAGUACCAACUGAACUGGAAAGAGUGGAAAAAGAAGCAUCUGAUUUUGUGAGAUAUCAUCUCUCUCGAGGAAAACCAGUCGCCCUGGUGUCAUCUGGUGGAACAGCUAUUCCCAUCGAGCUCAACACUGUGCGAUUCAUUGACAAUUUCAGUUCAGGUCAACGAGGGUCAGCCUCAACAGAAUAUCUCCUUCAAGAAGGGUAUGCAGUGAUCUUUCUCCACCGAAAGCAGAGCAAGUACCCAUUCACUCGCCGUGUGGACCAAGAAACCUUUCUACAGGCUUUCCUUGCUGAUGCAAAUUCCAGUAGAGUGACUGUUCGAGAGGGGUUUGCAUCACAGCUUCAUACAGUCCUUCAGGAGUACCAGAAUUGCAAUGCCAGUUGCUCACUUCUGUCUGUGCCUUUUCUUUAUCUCUCUGAUUAUCUUUGGUAUCUGCGCACUCUGGCCCAUGUACUCUCCCCACUGAAAAAGCAAGCAUUACUGUAUCUUGCUGCUGCCGUUUCAGAUUUCUACAUCCCCAAAGACAAAAUGCCUGAACAUAAGGUUCAGUCUGAUGGUGGACCUUUGAAGCUUGAGCUACAGCUUGUACCAAAAAUGCUGAAGCCACUUGUCUGCCUUUGGUGCCCUGAAGCCUACAUUGUCUCAUUCAAACUAGAAACUGAUAUCUCAUUAUUGUCAAAAAAGGCCAAAGAGGCUUUGUUAAAAUACAAACAUAAUGUUGUGAUUGGAAACCUCUUGCAAACCAGGAAAGAGUCAGUCAUUAUGGUGAAACAAGAUGAGGAAAUAAACAUACAGAUCUCACAUGAAGAACAAUCAAAAGGCAUUGAAAUUGAGCAAAAAAUUAUUGCUGUUGUCAAGUCUUGGCAUUCAGAAUACAUGAAUUUAUGA